AUGGCCCAAGGACGGCAGAAUGAAGGUAAAGUUGUGCGACUGUCUUCCAAAACAAAACAGCUCCUUGAGAUCGACAGCAAGCACUCUGCCGGAGGGGUCUUCCCCCUCCCAGUCUUCAUCAAGAGCGGCAAAGGCUCUAUAUUGAAGGACGUCGAUGGAAAGGAGAUCAUCGACUUUAUCUGCAUGUUGAGUGCGACUAAUUUGGGCCAAUGUCACCCGGAACUGGUCAAAGAAAUGACUAUUUCUAUGCAGAACAUCACUCUCACCAACAUCGCCACCAAAGUCGGCGAUUGGGCUGAGUUCACUCGGGAUAUGUGCAAGCGGUUCGGCUACGACAAGAUGGUAGGAAUGGUUUCGGGGACUGAAGGUGCCGAUGCGGCCGUCAAAUUUGCUCGAAAAUGGGGCAUUAAAGUCAAGGGCAUUUCGCCGCACGAUGUCCUUGUGCUCGGGGUUUCGGAUAACUAUCACGGCGUUGGCUCCGGAAUUUGGCCCAUAAUGAAUGAUAUGGGCCAGUCAUCAGAUUACGGCAUCGCAAACAAAAAUCUCCGCAAUACCAAUCCCGCAACCGGAAAGCUCCUGCGGUAUGGUCAUCUGGAGGACUUUGAGGAAGUCCUCGCUGACGUCCACGGGCAUGUGGCGGCGAUAAUCAUGGAGUGUAUCCAUGGAAAGAGACCAUCCUUCGAGGAGGAACUCAACUUUGUGAUCGGCGUGCGCCAGCUCUGCAAGAAGUACAAUAUCCUCUUCAUUGCUGACGAGGUGCGAAUGGGGACGGGCAAGACGGGAAAGUUCCUCUGUUCUGACUGGAUGGGGCUGGAGAACAAGCCCGAUUUGGUUGUCAUGGGGAAGUCCAUCACAGGAGGAGCUUAUCCAGCCUCAUACAUCUUCGGCAACAACGAGGUGAUGGAUCUCGUGGGCGGCUACGAAUCAGUAGCGACUUUUGGUAUGGCGCCGGCAGCUAUUGCUGCCACUCGUGCGACGCUGAAGAUCAUCGACGAGGAGAAACUCGUCGACCGCGCCACCUGGAUUGGGCAGGUUUGGAAGAAAGAAACGGCCGACUGGAACAUGCCGUGGCUCGACUAUGUCACCAACCGGGGCGCUGACCUAGGCCUCUACUUGAAACGUACUGGUAACCCGAGGCUCACCACCCGACGACUCAGCAUGCUGUCUCUCCACAAGGGUAUUCUCACCUACCCAGAUGGAGAUCGCGUGCGGAUGGGCGUGGCGUUGAACAUCCCAGAAGCAGAUCUACGCCGAGGCAUCUCGAUCUUGAAAGAGGCUCUCCUUGAACUCGACGACUACGAGGAGAUCGAGACCGGCCCCCCAAUGAAGGGUGUUAUCCCCGAUAUGUGA